AUGCAUACCUCGGCGGGCCACACGAAACCCUUCGACUCUGACCACAAAUUCGACAACCGCAAGAGAAAAACCGCCAUUGCGAAGCCUUCGUGUAGAACUUCCUCCGAGCUGACACUCCUCAUAUCGGACGACAAUGACUAUUUCGAGCGUGGGCGCAUGUACCAGAGAAACAAGGUGGAGAGCGUGUCCAUGCAGGAGUUGGAGGGAUACGCCGUGAACCAGUCUCGGGAGACCACGAAAUCGAUCGACAACUGCCUGAAGAUAGCUGCCGAAAAUAGGGAGGAUGGGGCCUGGACGCUCGACACCUUGCACCAGCAAGGGGAGCAGAUUCACCGAACCCACGUCAUGGCUGCCGAUAUGGACCGCAAUUUGAGCAAGGUACAAAAUAUUGAUGAUUCUUGA